AUGUGGCGACCAGCGUUCAAUUCAUUUCGAUAUUUUUGUGAAUAUAUCCACAACGACAAAAUAAAAGGGCCGACAAAAAUUAAGUAUCGACAAGGUUCCAUAUUUGAAGAUGUUGAUUCCUGUCAGAGGUGUCGAUGUAGCGAGAGAGGAAUGGACUGCUGCGAUACUGGAUUGAAGGUAAAAAUAGAACCAGCGUUAAUUCCCGUAGAAUGUCACACCAUUAAAGACGGUUGUGAUCAAUAUUUAGUCUACAAAGGCGACAACACCACGGAUUGUGCUACCGGGAGACCUGCUAAAAUGGUACGACAAGAACAAAUUGCAGAAGACAAACGAAGUCAAUAUAUUGAAGAUAUACUCUACAAAGAGGUAAUGAAAGAAAUGGGUGCAACAACCGGCGCCAAUAAUGAAGGCGAAGGAAAUCUAAAGCAAUGGGUUCUUUUAGACUACUUUCUGAAUGACGCAUUUGUCGGCCGAAUUCCAUCUCCCAUUGUGGAACAACAGAAGGCUCGAGAACUGUUUGGGUCUUCACCAAUAAAAGCAAACAUAGCUGAUUCAAACCUCGGCGCACUUACUAAAGGCUUUGUUGACAGUCUCGGAGGACCGGAUGCUGCGCGCGCAACUUUAAUGGAAAGAAUUAAAAAGUAUGGCAAUGGUGGUCCCACGAAUCAGGAACCAAACGAUAACCUUCCACUUCUUUACAUUCUGUCAAUGUUGUUAAAUUAGAAAUCCGGUGAGCCAGAGAAAAGGGUAGCUUUUUUCAAUACUUGUACUCAGUAAGCCCUGAACAUUGCUCCGUAGGUAUAUGUAUACGGAAUGGAUUCAAUGUGCAAAUGAACGACUAAAAUAGGCGUCGCCCACUUUCAAACUAUAGUCAACUUUGA